AUGGAUCUUGGGGAGGGAGGACUUCACCUCAAACGUAGACUUCCCUCAACAUUUUGUCUCUUAGAUAGUCUUUCCAUAAUCCUUCUGCAAGACAACAAACUAGAUGGAACAAUACCGUCCAACAUUUCAAAUCUUCAAAACUUGACUUUUCUGGAACUUUCCGAUAAUCUAUUAGAAGGCCCUAUUCCAGUUGAACUGUUCCUCAUCCGAAAUUUAGAGAGGGUGUGGCUUUCUAGAAACAAUCUAGAUGGUGAAAUUCCUUCUAUUCCUGCUAAUAUCACGACUCGCCUUGGAGUUCUGGACAUAUCACAGAACCAUCUUGACGGUAGAAUACCAUCAUCUAUAUCAAAUUUGCAAGCAAUGAGAUUCUUGCAAUUGUCUGAGAACUUCCUUAGGGGAACAAUACCUUCAAGCCUGGUACAAGUUGCAGCCCUGAGCACAAUGACCCGGAUCUUUAGCUUGUCACAUAACUUGUUAGAAGGAGAACUGCCAAGUUCCUGUUUCACUGCAGCAGUGCAAGAACUAAAGCAGCUUAACCUAUCGUUCAACCAGUUUAGUGGCUCUCUGCCUCAUGGUGGUAUAUUUGAUGCUUUGACCUUCGAUUCACUCAAGGGAAACAAAUUUUGCGAGACAGAAGGAUAUCUAAAUUGCAGCUCAAGGACGAGUAGCAUAGCACACAGGAAGGAGUUCAUCCUAUUGCUGAGUAUCACUGCCUCAGUACUUUUCACUCUCAUCAUUUUCUGCACCGUAGCAACCAAACCUUUCAGAGGUACAGCAUUGGGUCUGAGUAGGUACCCUUUUGAAUUGAUUAGUGAUCAUCCAAGAAUAACUUACAGAGAACUCUGGGAGGCCACAGGAGGAUUUGAUCAAACCAGAUUGAUAGGGUCUGGUGGCUUCGGACAUGUUUACAAAGGCACACUAAGGGAUGGAAGUUUCAUUGCCAUUAAGGUAUUACAUCAACAUGACCACAAUUCUUCUCGGAUAUUCAACAGAGAGUGUCGAGUUUUGAAAAGAGUUCGACAUAGAAACUUGAUGAGCAUCAUCACAACUUGCAGCAAUCCAGAAUUCAAAGCUAUAGUGCUAACUUUCAUGAGUAGAGGUAGUCUAGAAGACUAUCUGCACCCUAGAGGAGAUUCUGAGACAUUUCUGAGCCUGACUGAAAUAGUGAACAUUUGCAGUGAUAUAGCAGAGGGGAUGACAUACUUGCACAGUCAUGCACUAGUUCAGGUGAUACACUGUGAUCUUAAACCAAGCAACAUUCUCCUCGAUGAUGAUAUGACUGCAAUAGUUUCAGAUUUUGACAUUGCUAGACUGGCUUAUGCACCCGCAGAUAGAAGUGCAACAGUCGAUAGCAUUUCUACUUCAACGGACACUUUUCUGCAUGGAUCAGUUGGGUAUGUUGCUCCAGAGUACGGGUAUGGUAGACAAGCAUCUGCAAAAGGGGAUGUCUAUAGCUAUGGCGUUAUUGUGCUGGAAAUGGUCACUAGAAAAAGACCAACAGAUGAAAUGUUUGAAAGGGGUGUGAGCUUAAUCAGUUGGGUGAAGUACUAGUAUGGAAGACAAUUGAAGAAUGUUAUAGACCCCUCACUAGCUAGGGAACUACAGCAAAAGAUUCCAGAGGUUAAGAAAAUAUGUGAAGUAGCUAUCAUGGAGCUCAUUGACUUGGGUCUUGUUUGCACACAGGAAACGGCUUCAACCAGACCAUCUAUGAUCAGUGUUGCAGAUGACCUCGACAAGAUAAAAUAGUAUAUUCGUGGUGAUGAAACUGCAACCUUCACAUCAUCGCAUGGUACCUCAUCGACCAUUGAAACAGGGGAUGAUUGAUUGGUGUGAAAGAGCAUGUGUCUCAUGUCUUUGACAUGAUUCAUCGAAGCGAAGAAAACCAGUUUUUCAUUUCCUUAUGGUACAUUAGUAGCAAGAAAUAUACUGUAGCUAGGAAUCAAACUAUAAAUAUCUGGAUGAUAACCAAUGACGGAGCGAGCCCCAGUGAA